AUGUUCGAUAGCGAGUCACUGUUCGAGAGUGAGCCCAAUGCGUUCGAUGGGGAGUCAUCGGACGAUCAGCGGGGUACGAGUAGUGAGGCCGUGAGCCUCGAUGCUAAGGGCGGAAAAGAUACCGAUGUUGAAAUACUCGGUGAAGGCCCAAGCUCUGUUCCUACCCACGACAUUGGGAAGGGACUAAUGACAAAGCAGCCAGUACCGUUGGUUGUGGUAUAUCGCGACGGUAGUCAUGCAGGCUUGGGUCAGCAUGGCGAGUUCCAGAUGGGGGGUACUCGGGUGCCAGAGGAGCACACCAGCCAUCGGUAA